UACAUUCUUGCUUCUUCUUUUUUUAGUCCCGCAGAUUACAGGUUUUGAUUAACUCGCUGUAGAAGCUUAACUGAGAGCAAACAUGGAUGUUGAUUCACAGCCAACAAUGGAGGAAACUAUCUUGGUUGGUGAUGAUCUAAUGACGGGGCCGCCAUCCCCUAUCAUCCCACCAGAAAUUGCUUCUCAUGUUCUUGAAGGUGUUGAUUUAUGUGAUGGGAUUCUAAGAAAUCUGUUCCUCUGCUUGCAAAUCAAUGACAUUGAGCCAUUCUGUCAGGAGGAGAUUGCUUUGUAUCGAGAAUGUUCUGAAAAGAGGGAUAAGGAACUACGGCAGAGGCUUCAGGAUAGUGAGCACAAAUUGGGAUUAUCAAUGCCUUUAGCUCAAGCAAAGGAAAGAGCUGCUCAGCUUGAAUCAGAAGUCACAUCACUGGAAAGACGCUUGAUUCUUGCUAGUGGAAUGGAAGGAAUAGAAGGAUUUCGUCAGAGAUGGAGUUUACAUGGUCGUUUUACAGAUACCAAGAAGAGGCUAGAGUCCUUAAAGCAGGGAAUGGAGAAUAGAAAAAAGGAUGAACCAGCGGUAGUUCCAACUGGCAAAAAAUGGUUCUUUUGGUGAAGGGUGUUGCAGCGUUUUGUUAAAUUUCAUCACGCAGACAAGAACAAACAAACAAUAUACUCCACGCAUUCAACAUGCUUCAACUCACGUGAGUCUGCUGCAUCAUAAAACUUUCCUGUGAAGCCUUUGACUGCCUUAUCAAUUUUCUUAAAACAUGCAGUGAAAACUGUGAUGUAGCCCAGGGUUUUCUCCUGUUUAAAUUAUUAAAUAUAUAUUUUGAAUAUUCUAAUAUCAAGUAACUGAGUAAGCAUGUGUUGUUUAGGAAAAUUUCUAGCCAGAGCUCAAGUGCAGCAUGUAUACACACUUCAUGAAAUAAUUUAAUUUAUUGAUCA